UUCGGCCGCCUUGGCGUCGCGGCCACGGGAAGAAAAGUCCUUUGCCGCUCCGCCCCGGCUAGAAGCGCUUUCCACUUUUCGUCCUCUUAGCUCAAGAUGGUGGCCUCCCGGGCAAUUGGCAGCCUGAGCCGCUUCUCUGGCCUCAGGAUCCUCCGCUCCCGAGGUUAUAUUUGCCGUAACUUCACAGGGUCUUCCGCUUUGCUGACCAGAACCCAUGUUAACUAUGGAGUCAAAGGGGACGUGGCCGUUAUUAGAAUUAAUUCGCCCAAUUCAAAGGUAAAUACACUGAACAAAGAAUUACAGUCAGAAUUCAUAGAAGUAAUGAAUGAAAUCUGGGCUAGUGAUCAAAUCAGAAGUGCCGUCCUUAUCUCAUCAAAGCCUGGCUGCUUUGUGGCAGGUGCUGAUAUCAACAUGUUAGCCGCUUGCAAAACCCCUCAAGAAGCAGCACAGGUGUCACAGGAAGGACAGAAGAUGUUUGAGAAACUUGAGAAGUCCACAAAGCCCAUCGUAGCUGCCAUCAGUGGAUCCUGCCUGGGAGGAGGACUCGAGCUUGCCAUUUCAUGCCAAUACAGAAUAGCAAUAAAAGAUAGAAAAACAGUAUUAGGAGUCCCUGAAGUCUUGCUGGGGAUCUUGCCAGGAGCAGGAGGCACACAGAGGCUGCCCAAAAUGGUAGGUGUGCCUGCUGCUUUUGACAUGAUGCUGACUGGUAGAAGCAUUCGUGCAGACAGAGCAAAGAAGAUGGGACUAGUUGAUCAACUGGUAGAACCCUUGGGACCAGGACUGAAGCCUCCAGAGGAACGGACAAUCGAGUACCUGGAAGAAGUUGCAGUUUCUUUUGCCAAAGGAUUAGCUGAUAAGAAGAUCUCUUCAAAGAGAAACAAGGGAUUGAUGGAAAAAUUGACAUCGUACGCCAUGACCAUUCCAUUUGUCAGGCAACAGAUUUACAAAAAGGUGGAAGAACAAGUGCAAAAGCAGACGAAAGGCCUUUAUCCUGCGCCUCUGAAAAUCAUUGAUGUGGUCAAGACUGGAAUUGAGCAGGGAAAUGAUGCUGGUUACCUCGCCGAAUCUCAGAAAUUUGGAGAACUUGCAAUGACCAAAGAAUCAAAGGCCUUGAUGGGACUUUAUCAUGGUCAAGUCCUAUGCAAGAAGAAUAAAUUUGGAGCUCCGCAGAAGGAAGUCAAGCAGCUCGCUAUUCUUGGGGCAGGGCUGAUGGGAGCCGGCAUUGCUCAGGUCUCUGUGGACAAGGGAUUGAACACCAUCCUUAAAGAUGCGACACUAGCCGGGCUGGGCCGAGGACAGCAACAAGUGUUCAAAGGAUUGAACGAUAAAGUGAAGAAGAAAGCUCUGACGUCAUUCGAGAGGGACUCCAUCUUCAGCAACCUGACGGGCCAGCUAGAUUACCAGAAUUUUGAGAAGGCUGACAUGGUGAUAGAAGCUGUGUUUGAGGACCUCAGUCUUAAGCACAAGGUGCUCAAGGAGGUGGAAGCGGUCAUUCCAGAUCACUGUGUCUUUGCCAGUAACACAUCUGCUCUCCCCAUCAAUGAAAUUGCUGCUGUCAGCAAAAGACCAGAGAAGGUGAUCGGCAUGCACUACUUCUCCCCCGUGGACAAGAUGCAGCUGCUGGAGAUCAUCACCACCCAGAAGACCUCCAAGGACACCACUGCUUCCGCGGUGGCAGUGGGCCUCAAGCAGGGCAAGGUCAUCGUGGUGGUCAAGGAUGGACCUGGCUUCUACACCACCAGGUGUCUCGCCCCCAUGAUGUCCGAAGUCAUACGAAUCCUCCAGGAAGGAGUUGGCCCCAAGAAGCUGGAUUCCUUGACCACAAGCUUCGGCUUUCCCGUGGGUGCUGCCACGCUGGCAGAUGAAGUCGGCGUGGAUGUGGCGAAACACGUGGCCGAAGACCUAGGCAAGGCCUUUGGGGAGCGGUUUGGAGGCGGGAGCCUGGAGCUGCUGCAGCAGAUGGUGGCCAAGGGCUUCCUGGGUCGCAAGUCUGGGAAAGGUUUUUACAUCUAUCAGGAGGGUUCAAAAGACAAGAAUUUGAACUCUGACAUGGACAGUAUUCUGGCAGGUCUGAAGCUGCCCGCCAGGCCUGAGGUCUCCUCCGACGAGGACAUCCAGUACCGCCUGGUGACGAGGUUUGUGAACGAGGCAGUCAUGUGCCUGCAGGAAGGGAUCCUGGCCACCCCCGCAGAGGGGGACAUUGGUGCCGUCUUCGGGCUGGGCUUCCCACCUUGUCUUGGAGGGCCCUUCCGCUUUGUGGACCUGUACGGAGCUCAGAAGGUAGUAGACCGGCUGCGCAAGUACGAGGCUGCCUACGGCAAGCAGUUCACCCCGUGCCAGCUGCUCAUCGACCAUGCCAACAGCCCCGGCAAGAAGUUCUACCCAUGAGCGGGCCCGCUGCCGGCAGGCUGCUUCCCCACGAGCACUGUAGCGUUAGCCCAGGACCAGGAGGACGCGCUGCGACGUGGGCUUGCUCUUAUCAAAGUGCCUUCAGCUGUGACCACAUCUCCUUCCUGCUGAAGUCUGACUGUGACGGAGUUUGUACUUCACGCUGGAAGGUGGGACCCACUGUGCCCCAUUUGUAAGCCCCAGGGCCCGAAGUGGCUGCUGAGAGCCGUCUGGAGCCGUCUUUGCCGCCCAUUCUCCCAGGAGGCCCAUGGUAGCCAAGAUGGCGGGGGCAGUUCUGCACCCAGCCAGACACGGGCUAACAAUAAAGCCUGACAACCUAA